UUUCGCAAGAUAGUCUAGCCUUUUUGCAGUCAUUCUUUAGCGCUGAAGAAUAAAAGAAUAGGUUUUCUUCGUAAAGUUGAUUGAUUUGAAAAAGAAUUUCUAAGAAAUCAAACGCUAUAUAACUGCUCAGGGAUUAGGUAUUAAAGUGAAAGAGAUUUUUCGAAAUAACAACAGCACGAGAAUGACCAAUAAUUGGCUGCCUUUUAACUUAUCUGGGGCCGAAAUACCUCAAAAUGUUGUAGUGGGCGGUUUUGAUGCGAACGGUUCCGCUAUUUAUGUGGGUCGCUGUUUCCACAAAGGUCAACAUUUGCCUGCUAAAGUUUUACUUAAUCAACGUAAGGCUUUCGUGUCCUGUGAUGGCGUUGAGUACCCUUAUGAUUAUUGCGAACUUUUGAUUGGAUCAAAUGACUAUUUCUGGCAGAACGUAGUUGAUCAUCAAUUACCUCACAAUGUUGUGAGCGCGGGUAUUUCGCAACAAACAGGUGAACCAAUAUUGAUAGGUCGGGCUCAAUAUAGUAACGCCAUGGUAGUGGGUAAGGUGUUGCCGUCGUUGCGUUGCGUGCAAAUAACUUUCAAUGGCAAAGAACGAGAUUUAGAUCAUUAUGAGAUUUUAGUCAGCAAUUCGAUAAACUCGAACGAAGUAGUUACAAAGUCCUUGUAUCCUGCGAUAAAAACAGAGGAAACUACAGGUUACAGAUGGCAACGAUUUGCACAUAAUGAAGUACGACCUCAUGACGCGGUAAUGGGUGGCAACGACUCUGACGGUUGCCCUAUCUAUGUAGGCCGGGCUAAGCAUGACGGGAAAAUGCUAGUGGCUAAUAUUGUGCCUGCGAAGCUUUCAAACUUUAUCUCCCAUCGGGGUCAAGAGAUAGUCAAAGUUGACGUAGAUAUAUUGUGCGGUCGUCAUCUGGUGUGGCUGAGCUGCCGCAAUCAUCAAAUACCGACAAACGCUGUUUUGUGCAGCGAUGCAGGUUCUAAUCAACGCUUUUACGUGGGUCGUGGAUAUUUUGAAAAUUCUUUGAUUGUCGGUAAAAUAUCAAAAAUACACCGCGCUCUGUUUAUACCCUACAAGGGUUCUGAAAGACGUUUGGAAAAUUAUGAGGUGUUAGUGGAAAAUGAAGAGAGAGAAAUUUGUCGAACUAUCGAACAUUGUAGUCUGAAAACACCACAACCUACGCCUUCGCCUUCGCCUUCGAUAAAUUUUAAUAAACCGUGCAACUACGAUUCAGCGACUGCGCCUCCUUUGCUCCCCUCGCCUGUUUAUCCACAACAAACAUAUUUAACAAAUUCAUUUAAUCGCCCUUCUUCUCCGGACAAGUGGGUCAUUUCGACUCCUUUCACUCCGUUACCGAAAAAUGCCGUAUUAAGCGGUCAUCUCUUUAUGUCACCAAUUUAUGUUUGCCGUGCUUUUCACAAUGGCAAACUAAUACCCGGCGAAUAUUCACCAACUCGUUCUGCGGCCGUUAUCACUUAUAAUGGACAAGAAAUUGUUAAACAAAAUUUCGAAAUAUUAACCGGUGAUAAUUAUCGGUGGGUGACUUCAACUAGCGGUUUGCCAGCGGGUGCCGUUCAAGUUGAUCGUCUUGGUAACAAUCAGCCCGUAUAUAUCGGACGUUCGUUUUACAGAGGCGCUGUAAUACCUGGCAAAAUUUGUCCACCUUAUCGAUGCUUGGAUAUUGCCUUCAACGGCGGAGCAAUAAGUCUUCAAUCUUAUGAAAUUUUGGUGAAGUAAACUCUAACUGACUAU